AUGCCUCAGGGCCUCGAUAAAUGCAAAGAACGACCGGAAAGCAUCGAUAACAUCCUUAACGGCCUGGAUCGAUACAACCCCGAGACAACCACUACUUUCCAGGAAUACGUUAGCCAACAAUGCGAGGAGAAAUUCUUUGAUACAUAUGCGUCGCUGGCACUCUUGAAACUGUACCAAUUCAAUCCCCAGUUGCUGCACCCCGAAACCGUGACCAACAUCCUCGUUAAGGCAUUAACUGUCUUCCCAUCACCCGCCUUUUCCCUCUGCCUCGCCCUCCUCCCACCCUCGACCAUCCCAUAUCAACCAGGAAACACAUCCAUUCCGACAACAGACUUUACCGAGUCGAUACAAAAACUCACUCGCCUCAACACAUUACUCGAAUCUGCUCAGUACGAUGCAUUCUGGUCAACGCUAGAAUCGGACGACUUGUACGCGGACCUGUAUGCAGAUGUAGCCGGAUUCGAAGAUCUUGUCAGGAUAAGGAUCGCUGGUGAAGUUGGAAAGACAUUCCGACAAAUUGACCUGAGCGUUCUGAGCAGCUGGCUGGAUCUGCGUGGAGAAGCAUUGGUCAAAUUUGCGCAGACAGCCUGUGGGUGGAAGGUCAACGGUCAACAAGUUGAAAUACCAUCCAACGCCGAGAACGAGGCCAAGAGUGAAAUCAAAGGUGAGAGAGUCGGGGUUGAUAUGUUCGGCAGAGUCUUUAGAAGAGGCUACGAAGCUCCGGCAUAA